AUGUCGGACCCAUUAUGUUGGAAUGAGACGGGUGAAAAGAAACUUCUAAGCCCUGAGAUUGUACAGGCGACAGUGGACAAGGUCAAUAUUAUAUGGGCGAAUUUGAAAGCAGCACAAGACAGGCAAAAAAGCUAUGCGGAUGUGCGUAGGAAGGAUUUCAAGUUUGAGGUUAGUGAUCGAGUAUUCUUAAGGCUCUCUCCUUGGAAAGGUGUAGUACGUUUUGGAAAACGAAGGAAGUUAAGUCCUCGCUACAUUGGACCGUAUGAGAUGGUAAAGAGGAUAGGUCCAGUGGCUUAUAGGAUGGACUUGUCGGAGGAGCUUUCUCGAGUCCAUGAUGUUUUUCACAUCUCCAUGCUCCGCAAGUAUAUCUCAGACCCAUCACAUGUGAUGGAGACACCGGAGAUUGAAUUUAGGGAUGACUUGUCUUAUGAGAAGCAACCAGUGCAGAUUUUAGGAAGGGAAAAGAAAAGGCUUUGCAACAAGACUAUAGCUUUGGUGAAGGUUCGUUGGAGAAACCAAAUUGUCGAGGAGGCGACUUGGGAUCGAGAGGAUCAAAUGCGGAGUCAGUAUCCUUACUUCUUCCAAAACUAA